AUGAGCGCCCCAAAGACGGUUGAAAUUGCAAAAUCAUUGCCGCCGCGCCUGCUGCGCUUCUUCCAAAAGUACCCUCCGCCUGCGUUGUUCCCUUACCUCGCAUCCCCACUUCCAAAUCCAUCGCAACCGGCAGCCAACACAACAUCAACCACCCCGCCCACCGACCCCAAUGCCUCAAUUAGCGAGAUGGCGGCACCAAAUAACACUCCAAUACCCUCGAGCGCACCCCAAAACUCAAACAUACCGCCAGAAGCGCACAAACUUCCCUACCCAAACCCUUUCCUCCCACACAAGAACUUCGCAACCGGACGAUGGCAGAGCCCCGCCUAUGGACUGCGCAAGCAGGCCGACCUGGUGAAGCUUGCUUCUGAGCACGGUGUUGUCGAUCUACUACCAUGGACCAUCAAAAAGCCGGGUGAGAAGGAGCGACAGAGGGUGGAUAGGGGUUUGCAAGUCAAGGGCACGGGCGAGGGACAAAAGGUCAAGGGAAAGCUGUGGGAACGAACGCUCAAGGGCCGCCUAGAGAUGAGGCGACAGGCUAUGCUGAACAUGCCUGCCUUGAUUCAGGAAUGGAAGCAAAAGGGACAUGGCAGGGGCUGGAAGAAGUGGCCGAGUGGCAAGGCAAAAUAA